AUGGGGUCGCAAACCGAUGAAGUCGUGCCGGAGGAGCCACCGUCCUCAAUCAACCCAUAUGAAGUACUUGGUGUGGAAGAAAAGGCGACGGCAGAUCAGAUAAAAUCAGCCUACAGGAAGCAAGCCUUGAAACACCACCCAGAUAAAGCACCACCCGACACAAAAGAAACCGCCCACAAAAAAUUCCAAGAAGUCGCGUUCGCCUAUGCGGUACUGUCCGACCCUCGCCGCAGACGCCGCUACGACACAACAGGAAACACAGCCGAAUCUCUCGAUCUCGACGACGAUGACUUCAGCUGGGUUGAUUUCUUCCGCGAGCAAUUCUCCGCCGUCAUCAGCGGUGAGGCUAUUGACAAGAUCAAAUGCGAGUAUCAGGGUUCGGAAGAGGAGCGGAGGGAUCUGCUCGGUGCAUACGAGCGGUGGAAGGGGGAUCUGGACAGGGUGUAUGAGGAGGUUAUGUUGAGUAACGUGCUGGACGAUGAUGGGCGGUUUCGCGAUGUUAUCAAUGCGGCGAUUGCGGCGGGGGAGGUCAAGGAUUGGCCGAAGUAUUCGCGGGAGACGGAGAAGAAGCGGGCGCAGCGGGUUGCGAAGGCGAGAAGGGAGGCGGAGGAGGCAGAGGAGCUUGGGGAGGAGUUGGGGAUCGGUGAGAAACUAAACGGCAAGAAGAACGAGGCGCAAACGGAAGGGAAAAAGAAAGCGAAGCAUAAUCGUGGCAAUGAUAGUCUGAAUGAUCUGGCUGCGAUGAUUCAGCAGAGGCAGAAGAGCAGGGCCACGGCGUUCCUAGAUGAUCUUGAAGCUAAAUACGCCCCUGCUGGCUCUAAAGCUGCUGGCAAGGCGAACGGGAGAAAACGGAAAGCUGGGGAGCGGGAUGAGAAUGAGCCGCCCGAGGAGGCCUUUCUGGCCACCGCGAAGCGCAAAGAAUCGAAGGAUAAGCCCCGGGAUACGGCGACGGCAGCUACGGAGACUAAAAAGCGGUCCGCCAGGCGGGGAACCUAA